AUGGGAUCACCGACAAAAUGGAACGAUAAUGACAAAUCCGAACAUUUAAAUGUAGAAUUAAAUGGUCUUAGAGUUAGUUACAAAGGUCUGGGACAAGAAAUGUAUGAACAGGAGAAUCUGAGGGCACGAAAAAUAAGACUAAAUUGUCCUGAUUUAGAGAGAAUGAGAUUCGAUAUUUUUUGGAAUAAAUUUUUACAUGAAUCAAUUAUCAUUGUGGAUAAGGAAUUGGAAAAAAUAUUUUAUGAACUAUGGAAAGAACUGGAAAUUGUAGGAAAGAUUGAGAUUAAGCCAUUGUUGAGUCCACAGGAAAAGAGGGUGCUCAUAUGGAAUAAUGAUUGGAAGCCAAUUUUGAACAAUCUAGAUUUUGAAUUUGAGGAGAGAGGUGAUCUAUUACUUUUGAAAUCAAAGAGCAAUGAAAUUACAUCAGUUAUAAAGGAUUUGGAAAGACAUGAAGAAGAACAAAUGAAGAAAUUAAAAAAAGAAUUGAGGAUUUUUUUUGUCGGAAAUAAGAUCCUGA